CACGCAUAUCCGAAGGGUUAAUUGGGGUCACCGUCAAUUUCAGGAAGUUGAUUGUCGCGACCAAAAUGGCAGGUGAACAGGUGAGCCUGUAAAAUCGCGCCCUCGGCCGUGCUGGGGAUGGUUGCCAGUCAUAGCCUCGUUGGUGGAGCUCGCUAGCACCAGAGGAUUUAUAACCAACAUGAGGGCGCUGCGUGUCUGCGUCCUGUCCUGUUUCAUCCUCCUGUUGACUUUUACCUGCACCGCGCUAAAAAUGGCCUCCGAGCUCUCUGGCGCGCAUCACCGGCCUCUGACGCACGAGCAGGAAGCGGACCAGAACGUGCAGUUCAUGUUGAGUUUGUACCGGAGCGCGGCCGGACCGGACGGCAGGCCCAAACAGCACCGGAAGUUCGGCUCCAACACGGUCCGACUGCUGAGACCCACGGCGUCUACGGUGCACUACUUGCCAGCGUCGAGAGACUCCCACUACACCUUCACAGUACAGUACAACCUUGACACUCUUCCCUCGGAGCAGCUCAUCAAAGCCUCUUUCAUCCAUCUCCGCUCUUCAUCCUCUUCUUCUUCUUCUUCUUCUUCCUCAACCACAACUUCAAGCACCACCCAGGCCCUUGAGCCGCCCCGAUGCAGAGCUCAGAUCACCUCACUGGGACCGGAGAGCCUGGUCACUCUGGAGCCCCACGAGCGGUGGACGGAGACGGACAUCACGGCACACGUCACCGGGCACGUCCUACAGAGGAAGGACCGGGGCAAGGGGGGACACUUGAUCCUCACUGCCCAGUACCGGUGCACAGAACCUGGGCUUGCUGAAGAGGACGGCAGCCUCUGGUGGCAGACUCGUCGUAGAGGAAGACCGAGAGAGGAACCUCACCUCGAAGUCCCGUCCCUUCUUCUGUACCUGGAGGAGGAGAGGGAAGUGAAGGACUGGAUGGGGGAGUUGUUGGGGGGUGAAGGGGAGAACAUCAUGAGGCGAAUAGGGCAGUGGCACCCUUCGCUUCGCCGGCGCCGUCGCUCCAAAGACUCUUCAGAGGCGAAAGAUCCUUCGCUGGACGCCCUGAAAAACGCCCCUACUUCCUCCUCCUCUUUCUCCACCUCCCCCUCCGCCUCCAUCAUCGCCGAGAUCCCCAACUACAAACGCAAAACCAGCGUACCCAAGAACCGCUGCAAGCUCCACUCCUUCCGCCUCUCCUUCGACGAGCUCGGCUGGGGCCACUUCAUCGCCCCGCCGGUGUACAACCCUCGCUUCUGCCAGGGCGACUGCCCGAGGUUGCUCCACUACGGCUACCACUCCCCCAACCACGCCAUCAUCCAGACCGUCAUCAACGACCUGGGUGUCGGGGACGUCCCUCCUCCGUCCUGCGUGCCUUACAAGUACAUGCCCAUGAGCGUGCUGGUUGUGCACAAGAAUAAGGUGGACUACAGGGAGCUGGAGGACAUGGUGGCCGAGUCGUGCACGUGUCGCUAAAGACUCGGGAGCGGAAGCACUGAGAAAAGAGACUUAAAAAAGGGGGUGGAUGAUGAUGGGUCAUUUGUUUGAUCUACAGCUUGGCGGCUAACCACAAUGAGUUUGAGACUGGAAGGAGGAAGUUGUUGUGGUUUCAGAUCGUCACCAUCCCUGUUAAAGCACUUUAAAAGGCAGCUGCCGAAUGUGAACCAUGGGCCGUGCCGCUGGGAGGGGAGUCGCUACGUCCUGAUAUUCUGAAUUAUUGUGGCAUUAUUAUACUGUGACUCUAAUCUGGUGGAAAGGUGAAUGUGCUGAUUGCUGGAUUCAUAGUCACUAUAAAAGGUUGCAGGUAAUUUUGGAAGCAUUUUACGACCCUUGAGAGCAGCUUAACCAACUUGAUGUAAGUAGUAAUUUGAUUAAACUAAGCUAAAAGUAAAUUCCGGGGGAACUCAAACUAAACUUCUGCAGUAGCUUCAUAAACUUGACUAAACAUCAUGGGAACCUUUUAAGAAAACUGAUAACUUUAGGAUUAAGCACUGGUUCAUUUGUGUUUUUUGAAGUCAACCUUCGACAUCAAAUCACAGUCAUCUGAUGAAUAUUUUCUUCCUUCUGUCUGUCUGUGUAUUCGUUCUUUCUUUUCUGUCUUGUUCCUUUUUUUUUUUCUUUAAAAACCUCAUCUGUCUCACUUCAGGACUCUAAUAAUCAGCCAAAAAAACUCAUAGAUUUGUGUGUAAAAAAAAAAAAAAAAAAAACAUGAUGCCGCUGCGUGUGGCCAUGUUCCUCUGUGAGAAAUCAGACACUGCUUAAAAACAGAGAAAGUAUUUUAUCGACCGUGUUGGAUGUAACUGUAAAGGUCGUAUGAUGUGACAUUUUUGCUGUUUACAGUCUGAACUUUUGCAUUUUGUAAAUAUUUAUAAUAAAAGAAAAAGGGCUGCUACUGGCCUGUCUUAUAUAAAAAAUCAAAACAAAAUGAAGGAUUAUGAAGAGAAGCAAGUGUUGUAUGUUAAAGAAAACAGAAUUGUUGAGUGGAGUGGAAAAGAAUGCAAUUUUUAUUACGAGUGAAGA